UUUACCUUAUCUUUGAUUUUUUCGUUGGGGUUUCAAAUUUCCAAUGACCACCAAAGUUCUUGGUUUUGAAUUUGCUUCUCUGCUUUCCCUGUUUGUCAACAUACCGCUCCCCAAUUGUCUUGUUGCAUUGAGAUUUCAGUUUCACGCUAUUCAAGUCUCUUGUGCUGCAAUUGUGUUUUGUGGAAGACAGUUUUUCGGAAUUUUCUGUUUCGGAUUGAGGAUUAAAGGGCAUAUAUGUGUAGCUAAUUGGAAAAUGAGAUUAUUGAGUUCGUUUGUGCCAUUUUUCUCGCUGUGAUUGUAAGAUCUGAAUAUGUGGGUGCCUAUCUUGUUUACUACAUUAUGGGAAUUGUCUGCAUUUAUUACUCAACUCUGUAUGCCGACCCAACGAGUCAUGAGUGUAGAAUCAAGAUUUAGAUACAUGCUGUAUUGUGCUUUCGCUGUUUUUUCGUUACGGAGUUUCCUGGGAAAGAGGAUGUGAUAGAAUCCUGAGUUCUGGUGUUGUUAUGGUAAAUACUGCAAUUAGAAUGUGUGUCAUGUUCUAAAAUGUUGGGAGAAGUUAUGGAGGAGCGCUUCCACGAUUUUUCAGGUUGCUUUACUAGGCAGACCUCAACUUGGUGUAUUUCUUGUUUAAAAGGCUGUGACUUUGUUAAUUUUCUUCUUGAUUGGUGUAACGGAUUGGCCAGCAUCUUUGUGAUUCAGUGCAACUGUGUGGCUGACAUUGCAGAUAGCACCAUGAAUGGCUAUUUAGAACCCAGAAGGAAUUUCAAUGAUAACCAAUCUGUAGGAACGUCUGGAAGCGUAUCAUGUCCAAUAACUGCAAGCUUAAACCAAGAAGAUAAGUCCAAAUCAAGAAAGCCUCGUUUGUCCUAUGCUCAUCUCCAUCAUGAGAUUACAAAGAAUAUAAAUGCUAUCCCACCUGAUUCUGUUGGGCACAACCAAAAGCAGCGGAUUAGUAAAAGGAAAACGGAAGAAGAUGAGCUUAUUAAGUACAUGUCAAAGUUGCCAAGUUAUCUUGAGAGGGGAAAAAACCUUCAGGAGAAAGUUUUAAAUAUCGGUGUCCUAGACUGGGGGCGCCUAGAAAAAUGGCAGCAUAGCCAUAAACAGAUGCCAUACGGAAGUAGCAGGUAUUCACCGCCAAGUAGUAAUACAACCUCAUGUUUUUCGACAGAUGAAUCAUCAACCCCUUCUAGCCGAGGCCACAGUUGUUCUCCUGCUUGACCACAGGUGCAUCAUCCUUCACUGGAAUCUCAUUUCAUGAAAUCUCCAAUAGAAGGCCAUUCUGAAGUCGUCAACUGUUUUAGAAAAAGGGUUGAAAAGUUUCAAGAUCUUAAAGCCGACGGUAGUAGCACUUUGAAUGGGCUGGAAAAGUCCAUUGGAACGGUUAAAUUACAACUUAUGAUGAAUUAAUGAACAAGUCACAGAACUUACAUAAAUCUUAUUCAGAAAAUUCUGAACGAGAUAUCCAUCUGAUUCAAUGAAACUGUUUCAUCAAAGAGCAGCAAAAGCAAUGAUUCUGAACGAGACAUCAAGGAUGCCAGAAAGUUGUUCUUCUUUUGCCUAGAGAUUGUCCUGAAAGCAAUGAUUCUGGUGUUUCAAUCCAUCUGAUUCAAUGAAACUGUUUCAUCAAAGAGCAGCAAAAGCAACCCGGGGAAGAUAUUCAGAUAGACCCAAUGAAACUCUCAUGUCCUUUUCCUUCUGAAGCUGAAAGUAAAACUAGGUAAAACUAGGUAUGACUGAUUGCAGAACAAUUAAUGUCAACGAGUCGGCUAUGGUGAAGAAGAAUGGAUCCGCAGCAGUUCAAGCUCUUGUACGAGUUGCAGUUAAGAAUGGUGUGCCCCUUUUCACAUUUGCGGUUGACAAUGGCAUUGCCAUUCUUGCAGCCACAAUGAAGAAGUUAAAUACCUCCAAAAAUGAUGACUGCAGCUGCAUCUACACAUUCUUCAGCAUCCAGGAAGUCAAGAAAAAGACUGCAACUUGGAUGCAUCCGGGAAGUCAAGAGUCCUGACUAUGUCGGUAAUGUUGUUGCUCAAAUGAAGGUUGGUGAUUCUCAUUUCCAAAUUAUCAUUAUAAAUUUUGAAAUUGAAGUGCAAGAAUAUAAUCAACCUCAAGCACCAAUAAACAAACACUAAUAUAUAAUAACAAUUUAGAAACAAACAGUAAUAAUUGCAAUCGAAAUUUCUUAAUUAUACAUUGAAUAGGCAAACAUAUAUAAGUAAGCAUUUUGGAAUGAAACUGAUGAAACAAAUGACGUUUUAUUGGUUUGUACAUAUGAUAGCAAACGAAUAGCUGAAGCCACACUCUAUUCACAACCUCCUCAACCUUCUUUAAACUCUUGUCCUGCUCCUGCAUGCAUUGGAAAAUAUUCGAAAUCACUGAAAUUGAAGUAAGUUGAGACAAUUUAGCUUAUUGUAUACAUGUUUUCGAAAAUAGCGUUUUUAAGGACUAAUAGAAAAGCCACUUAGCACUACGGUUAUGCUUAUUGUACAUGUGUUUUCCAAAACGGCCGGUUAUGCUUGUUGUAGGUCAGGUGAGACAUGCUAACAAAACAAAGGGAGGAGGAAAGCACAAAAGAAUUUCAGAUUGCUCAGAUAAUGGUAUGGCGUAUAUAUUUACAGUUUGUUGGAGAUGGAUAUUUUCAUCAGUUUAUACUAAACGCUAGAACAAGUUGGAGAUGGAAACAUGCUAACCUCUGUCCUUGAUCAUUCAAUUGUAUCUAGUAUCUGCAUAGAAUUCCGUCAGCUUCAUUCUUUCCUGUAUUAGAAAUAAAAGACAGAUGUUUUUUUGA